AUGGUGCUCAGCGUCGUCCUCCUUCUGGCUGUCCUCACAGGACUCUUGCUGCACAUGGCCAGGGGCCAUUUUAAGACUCAUGGGCAUCUCCCUCCGGGCCCCCGUCCCUUGCCUUUCUUGGGGAACCUUCUGCAGAUGGACAGAAGAGGUCUGCUCAAAUCCUUCCUAAAGAUGCGAGAACAAUAUGGGGAUGUGUUCACUGUGUACCUGGGACCAAGGCCCGUGGUCAUUAUCUGUGGGACAGAGGCCAUCCGGGAGGCUCUGGUGGACCAAGCGAAUGCCUUCUCUGGCCGGGGGAAAGUCGCUGUGGUUGAACAAAUUUCCCAGGGAUAUGGUGUGAUCUUUGUCAACGGGGAACGCUGGAAGAUCCUUCGGCGAUUCACUCUGGCCACCAUGAGGGACUUCGGGAUGGGAAAGCGCAGCGUGGAAGAGCGGAUUCAGGAUGAGGCUCAGUGUUUUGUGGAAGAGCUGCGGAAGACCAAGGGAGCCCUCCUGGAUCCUACCCUUUACUUCCAUUCUAUCACUGCCAACAUCAUCUGCUCCAUUGUUUUCGGGAAACGUUUCUCCUACCAAGAUCCUUUGUUCCAGAAGCUGCUGAACUUGUUCUUCCAAACCUUUGCACUCAUUAGCUCCUACUCCAGUCAGGUGUUCCAGCUUUUCUCUGACGUCUUGAAGUACUUCCCUGGCACACACAGGCAGAUCUAUAUAAAUAGCCAACUUCUCAUCAGCUUCAUCAAUCACAACGUGGAGAAGCAUCGUGUGACCCUGGACUGCGCUGCUCCCCGGGACUACAUUGACACCUAUCUGAUCCGCAUGGACCAAGAGAAAUCAAAUCCCAACACUGAGUUCCACCAGCAGAACCUCCUCAUCAGCGUGCUCUCACUCUUCUUUGCGGGAACAGAGACCACCAGCACCACGAUCCGCUAUGGAUUCCUGCUCCUGCUCAAGUACCCCCAUGUCACAGAGAGAGUCCAGAAAGAGAUAGACCAAAUGAUUGGCUCACACCGUGCUCCAGCUCUCAAUGACCGAGCCAAAAUGCCCUACACUGAUGCUGUCAUCCAUGAGAUUCAGAGAUUUUCAGACCUGAUCCCUGCUAACUUGCCUCACACCGUCACCAAAGACACACAUUUCCGAGGGUACAUCAUCCCAAAGGGAACUGAAGUAUAUCCCAUCCUGAACACUGCUCUCAAUGACCCAAAAUACUUUGAGAAGCCAGAAACCUUCAAUCCUGACCACUUUCUGGAUGCCAAUGGGCUAUUGAAGAAGUCCGAUGCUUUCAUGCCCUUUUCUAUAGGGAAGCGCUCUUGUCUUGGAGAAAGCAUCGCCCGUGCAGAGUUAUUUCUCUUCUUCACCACCAUCCUGCAGAACUUCACCGUGGCUACCAACAUGGCCCAGGAGGACAUCGACCUCACCCCCAAGGAGUGUGGUUUGGGCAAACUACCCCCAGACUACAAGAUCCGUUUCCUGCCCCGCUGA